GUGAGAUGAACGCCACCGGCUCCCACGGGAGGGACGGGGACCGGGAGUGUCCGUGGCCACUCCAGGCCUGCAGGCUGGCCGACAGGAUUGAGGAGCCAUGAACUGGGGGGUGUUCGAGGGGCUCCUCAGUGGCGUCAACAAGUACUCCACAGCCUUCGGCCGCAUCUGGCUCUCCCUCGUCUUCAUCUUCCGCCUGCUGGUCUACCUGGUGGCGGCUGAGCGGGUUUGGAGCGAUGACCACAAGGACUUUGAUUGCAACACGCGGCAGCCAGGCUGUACCAACGUCUGCUUUGACCACUUCUUCCCCGUCUCCCACAUCCGCCUCUGGGCCCUGCAGCUCAUCCUGGUGACAUGUCCAUCCCUCCUGGUCAUCAUGCACGUGGCCUACAGGGAGGCCAAGGAGCAGAGGCUCCGUGAAACCAAAGGGGACAACUAUCGCUGCAUCUACCCCAACCCUGGCAAGAAGCGGGGCGGGCUCUGGUGGACAUACCUGCUCAGCCUCAUCUUCAAGGCCAGCGUGGACGUGGUCUUCCUCUACAUCUUCUACCGCUUCUACAGGAACUACACCCUGCCCCGGGUGGUGAAGUGCGAGCUGCCGCCCUGCCCCAACGUGGUGGACUGCUUCAUCUCCCGGCCCACUGAGAAGAACAUCUUCACCCUCUUCAUGGUGGUCACCACCUGCGUCUGCGUGGUGCUGAACAUCAUUGAGGCCACCUACCUGAUCGGGAAGCGGUGCCGUGAGUGCCUGCAGGCCAAAGGAGGGGACAGCCGGCAGCACAGCCACGACUGCCCCAUCUCCUGCGCCGACCCCGUGGGCACGGGCGGGCAGGUGUUCCAUGGUGCGGACUACAAACCCCCCACUGCCACCAUCCCGCUCACGGCCUCCUGCCCCAGCACGCUGUCCGAGGAUGAGGCUCGUUCCUAG